AUGGAUUUUGGUAAUACUAUUGUGGAAAAAAAUGAAUCCUCAAGCCAAGACCGUGCCAAAGCUAUGAUUUUCCUUCGUCAUCAUUUAGAUGAAGGAUUAAAAAUAGAGUAUCUUACUAUUAAAGAUCCUCUUGUCCUUUGGCGAGAUUUGAAAGAAAGAUUCGACCACCUGAAGUUGGUCGUUCUUCCAAAAGCCCGAUAUGAUUGGCUUCACUUACGGCUGCAAGAUUUUAAAUCUCAGCAAUAUCGAGAGAAGGGAUUUAAAAAAUAUUCUGAACUUAUCGCAUGUCUUCUCUUGGCUGAACAAAACAAUGAAUUAUUGCUGAAAAAUCAUGAGUCCCGAUCAACUGGUGCAAGUCCAUUUCCUGAAGCGAAUACGACCCAAUUUCAAAAUUCUGGUCGAGGUCGUGGACGUGGCCGUAGAGGUGGCCGUGGCCGUGGACGUGAUCGUAGUAAAUUUGUGCCUCCUGAAAAUUUUAACCGUGGCAAACAACAAAAUGUUUCUCAAAAGAGGGAAAAUAACUACGAUCAGAAAAAUGGAGAAAAGAAAGUUUAUGAAGAAAAAUGCUACCGAUGUGGUAUGGAAGGUCAUUGGUCCCGUACCUGUCGUACGGCUGAACAUCUUGUUGACCUCUAUCAAGCAUCAUUGAAAACGAAAGACAAAGGUGUUGAGACAAAUUUCAUUGAUCAAAAGAAUGAUUAUGAUGAUGGUGAUGAUGUUGAGACAAAUUUCAUCGAUGUAGCUGAUUUUUUUGAGCAUCCUGAAGAUGUCAACAAAUAUCCCAUGAUUAUUUAG